AUGGCGCGACAAUCCGAUGUCAAAGAGAGGGUGGAGCCCCUUCUUGCCAAGGGCACGACCAUCACCAAAGUAGAUCACCUCGCAAAACUGUGGAAAGGAUACGGCUCUAUCUCUCGCAUCCACCUGGACACGUCCAAGUGCAAGGAAGCAGAUCUCAACCAAACCUACAUCGUCAAAAUGGUAAAGACACAAAAAGAACAGGAUCUGGCAUAUGACGAGGAUCACGCCCGAAAAGUGCUCUCUUAUUCCGUGGAAGCCAACUUCUACCGCGGCUUUCAGGUCAACAAUAGGGUUGAUCAACUCUUUAUACCCGACUACUUUGCCGUGGACGUACUCGAAACCAAGGACUUUCUACAUAUUGUACUGGUGCUCGAAGAUCUUGAUGUGCUCUUUCCGGUCAUGACCGAGAAGAGGGAAACGCUCAAUGAUGCGCAGGUCACCAAAGCUCUCGACUGGUUGGCCAACUUUCAUGCGAGUUCGUGGAGCUCUCUCGGCGCUCUGGGUAUCGACGCUCUCGGUAAGCUGGAAUCGUUCUGUCCGACCCCUCGCAACGCCAUAGACAUCGCUUGGCGAGGAGACGGCCUGUGGAAGCAGGGAGGCUACCACUACCUCUCAACGCGGAUGAAGGAGCUCGAGUCCAUCAAGCUUAACAGUCGUUGGGGCAAGCUCGGUCUGCACGCCGAUUCAGAACUUCCUUUUGCAGUGGACUGGUGUCUCAACAAUCCAACAGAUCGCAAUCGGAUCAGUCUGGUCCAUGGCGACGUCAAGGCAGCCAAUAUGGCCUUUGACGGCGAAGACGCGGAUAGUAUGGUCAUGUACGACUUCCAGUACGUGGGCCUCGGUCUCGGAGUUCAAGACCUCGCCAAAUUCCUCACCACCUCUAUCCCAGAAAGUUACCUCGACAGCCCGGACGGAGAGCAAAAGCUUCUGAAACAGUAUCACACUUUCUUGCUGGCCAAGGAAAGCGAAGUGGCGGUCAAGUACGAGUACGACGCCUUGAUGAAGGACUGGGAGCUCGCACUCGUCAACUGGGUCAGGUUUUUGGCGGGCUGGAGCGGCGGCUUCUGGGGCAACGUGGAUUGGCUGCAGAACAGGGUCGAAGGCUUGUUGAAGGACAAGGAGUGGGUUGAUGGAGUCGUGAAGCGAUGGAAGGAGGGUACAGAGGAGCCAGGAACUUCUAAGAGGCGCAGAACGAGCAAGUGA